CAGAGCAGCAUCCAUUCACUCCCCCCUGCAUGACUGCCCUGCCAGCACCUUAUCGCCUCUCCACACAAACCUCUCAGUAUUGACCUGAUUUUUCUUUUUCUUUCAUGACUUUCUAGUGAAGUUUAUUUCUGUGGGGAGAAAGCCCCUUCAGGAAAUUUCACUUUUACAGAAUAGGAAUUUUUUUUUUUUCGGAUUUAGUAUAAUGAAUUCCGAAGGUGGAAUUUGGCCACUUCUCCUCUUUUGGGUCACUCCUGGGAUCUUGUCCCAGGCUCCCCAAGCAAGUGAGUAUGACUAUGUUAGCUUCCAGCCGGACCUGGGCAGGCAGUACCAGAGUGGCCGCUUCUAUUCCCGACCGGCUCAGUGCGUGGAGAUUCCUCAGGACAUGACCCUGUGCCAUGGGGUCGGAUACAAUAAGAUGGUACUGCCCAACCUUCUUGACCAUGAGACAAUGGCGGAAGUAAAGUACCAGGCAAGUAGCUGGGUACCUUUGCUCAGUAAGAAAUGCCAUCCUGGCACACAGGUGUUCCUGUGCUCUCUCUUUGCCCCAGUGUGUCUGGACAGGCCCGUCUACCCUUGCCGCAGGCUUUGCGAGUCGGUUAGAGAUGCCUGUGAGCCAGUCAUGCAGUAUUUUGGCUUCCACUGGCCGGAGAUGCUCCGCUGUGAGCAGUAUCCCACGGAAGAAGAUGUCUGUAUUGCUGUUCAUUUGCCUAAUGCCACCCAGGCGCCACGGUCAAGAAAGACAGAGGUGUGCCCUCAGUGUGACAGCGAGAUAAAGGCCGACUCCCUCUAUGAACACAUGUGUGCCAGUGAAUUUGCUCUGAAGGUGUCUAUACGGGAAGUGAAAAAGGAAAAUGGGGACCGCAAGUUGCUCCUCCGAAAAAAGAAAGCUCUGAAGAAAGGACCAAUUCAGAAAAAAGACUGGUCGGACCUAGUCCUCUAUCUAAAGAAUGGCGCCAACUGUCCUUGUCACCAGCUGGAUCAACUGAAGGGACAGUUCCUGGUCUUGGGCCGAAAGGUGAAGUCUCAGCAUCUCCUGACUGCAAUACACAAAUGGGACAAGACCAACCGAGAGUUCAACCGCUUCAUGCGCAAGGUCAAAAAGAGCAAGUGCCCCAAACCGCUCACAGCCCCCCAUUAAAGACAGUUCUGUGUGCACCACAAACACCCCUCUAAUGCUCAGAACUCCACCGAGGGGGUAUACAAUGAAACAUGGCAGUACCCUUCCAAAUUCUGUGGAAAGACUGCAAGAGAUGUAGAAGUCUGUACAGGGCGUGGAACAGGGCAUGGUCAUACUUCCGAGGGUGCCAUACCCAAGCAAUGCAAAUACCCCUGCAUGAUGUUCUCUAAAGGCUCUUCCUUCUCCAUCACCAAAUCCCUUACAGGCCAAUGCCUUGUGAACAGUUGGGUUAUUGGGUUAUACACGCUGCCUGUAUGAAUAUGUUCUCUUAGCAUUGUGUGCAAUGUCAUUAUCAGUAUCUAAUGUACACCUUAAUUCAGUCACUUAGUAAGUCAGAUGUUCAUCAUGUUCUUCAAUAAACACUGUGUAUUCUCUCA